UGGUCAGAUCAGAGUAACUCCUCAUUCAGAUACUGGAACACUGGUGAACCUGAUAAUAAUGGAGGAGGUGAAAACUGUGCAGCUGUCAAACUGAAUGCUCAGGGAAAAUGGUUUGAUGUCUCUUGUGGCCACCAGUUUCCUUUUGUGUGUCAUGAAGAUAAACUGAUUGUGAUCAGAGAGAGUCUGACGUGGUCUGAAGCUCUGAGAUACUGCAGACAGAAUCAUGUGGAUCUGGUCUCGGUUCAUUCAGAAGAGAUUCAGCGUCGUGUGAUGAACGUGGUUAAACGGGCGUCUACUGCGGCGGUGUGGUUGGGUUUGCGUCACUCCUAUAUUUUGGGCGUCUGGUUCUGGGUGAAUGGAGAGACCGCGUGCUAUCAGAACUGGGCUCCAGGG